GCCGCGGGACACCCGCGGAGCCCGCGCUCAGCAUGCACGACUACGAUGCGGUCACCGCCUUCCUGGGCGAGUGGGGCCGCUUCCAGCGCCUCGUCUUCUUCCUGCUCAGCGCCAGCAUCAUCCCCAACGGCUUCAACGGGAUGUCGGCCGUGUUCCUGGCCGGCACCCCCGAGCACCGGUGCGCCGUGCCCCGCGGGGCCAACCUGAGCAGCGAGUGGCGCAACGCCAGCAUCCCGCUGGAGCUGCGGGGCGGGCGGGAGGCCCCGAGCCGCUGCCGCCGCUACCGCCUGGCCGCGCUCGCCAACUUCUCGGCGCUGGGGCUGCGGCCCGGCUCCGACGUGGAGCUGGAGGCGCUGGAGCAGGAGCCGUGCCUGGACGGCUGGGAGUACAGCCGGGACGUGUACAGCUCCACCAUCGUCACCGAGUGGAACCUGGUGUGUGAGGAUGACUGGAAAGCCCCCCUGACCACCUCCCUGUUCUUCGUGGGGGUCCUCAUCGGCUCCUUCAUCUCGGGGCAGCUCUCGGACAGGUUUGGCAGGAAGAGUAUCCUUUUUUUGACGAUGGCUGUGCAGACCGGCUUCAGCUUCCUGCAGAUCUUCUCCACCAGCUGGGAGAUGUUCACAGUGCUCUUUCUCAUAGUGGGGAUGGGACAGAUCUCAAACUACGUGGUGGCCUUCAUACUGGGCACAGAAAUUCUUGGCAAAUCAGUUCGUAUUCUAUUCUCUACAUUAGGAGUUUGCAUAUUUUUUGCAUUUGGCUACAUGUUGCUGCCACUGUUUGCUUACUUCAUCAGAGACUGGCGGAUGCUGCUGCUGGCGCUCACUGUCCCGGGGCUGUUCUGCAUCCCGCUCUGGUGGGUGAUUCCUGAGUCCCCUCGGUGGCUGAUCUCCCAGGGAAGAUAUCAGGAGGCAGAAGUUAUUAUCCGAAAGGCUGCAAAAAUCAAUGGCAUUCCAGCCCCAGCCGUGCUUUUCGACACUGCAGAGAUGCAGGAUUCGAAGCCUCAGCAGCAGCAGAAGGCUAUCCUUCUGGACCUAUUUCGAACCCGAAACAUUGCAACUAUUACUAUUAUGUCAUUACUUUUGUGGUUUUUCACGUCAGUUGGUUACUUUGGCCUGUCCCUCAGCACUCCAGACUGGCAUGGAAAUGCCUACCUCAACUGUUUCCUCUCGGCUGUGAUUGAGGUCCCAGCUUAUGUGAUCGCCUGGCUCCUCCUCCGCUCCCUCCCGCGCCGCUACUCCUUAUCUGGCGUCCUUUUUUUAGGGGGAAGCGUUGUCCUCUUCAUUCAGCUGGUUCCUGCAGAUCUCAAUGCCCUCUCUGUUGGUCUGGUGAUGCUGGGGAAGUUUGGCAUCACAGCUGCCUUUUCGAUGCUCUAUGUGUACAACGUGGAGCUGUACCCAACCCUGGUGCGGAACAUGGCUGUGGGAGCCACAUCCACGGCCUCCAGGCUGGGCAGCAUCAUUGCCCCUUACUUCGUUUACCUGGGUGCCUAUGACAGAUUCCUGCCCUAUAUCCUGAUGGGGAGCCUGACUGUGCUGAUUGGGAUCCUCACCCUGUUUCUCCCGGAGAGCUACGGGAACCCCCUGCCCGAGAGCUUUGAGCAGAUGCUGAAGGUGAAGUGUUUCAGAAACGGGCAACAAACCACUGGCAUUAGGAGUUCCAAGGAGAGUCCUAAAAGCCUGAUAACACCCUUGUGAAGAAGGACACACGCUGUCAGAGGGGCUGCAAGAAGAACAGGAUCAUCUCAAAAUGCAUUUUUCUACCAGAGGAAAAUGAACAAAACCCAACAGUCAAUGCUAUUGCACCAUAGUUGUUAUCCCCUGAGCUCCUGUCCCCAGAUUACAUAGUUUACUGACCAGCUGCUGUCUACUCCUGUAGGACUCUUAGUCUGUAAUUCAGUGUCCUGGUUCCUGGGGUUUGGCAGCAGGUACAGUCCCUGUUGAGGAAUGAGGGCCUGCUGUGUAAACAGAAGUCAAGGAGUAAGCUGGAAGGGAGCCUUAGGAAUGAUACAGCAGUGACUCCAGUAAGUCAGGUACUUGCUGAAAGCUGCUCAAAGGACAAAAGUAUAUAGCAAAUGUAAUGCUGGUGGUUCUUCUCACUGUGUGUGUUGACUGGAAGAAGGGGAGCUGGGUGCCUGUCUUUCAAAAGCUGCAGGAAAGGUCCUGGCCUCCUCUGAAAUCUGUGAUCGAAGCCCAUGGACUGAGUGGGAUCAGAAUUGAGCUGUAGCAGAGCAGACACAGACUUUGCUGUAAGGACAUGGAUUUAAACAGAACAGCAGAGGAGCUUUCCAUGGCUCUUGCUUUUCCCAGGACCUGGGAUCCACUUGUUCCUGUAAAAGAUGAUGCUUUUUCAUAAAGCCUGAGCCCACCCUGGGCUUUGUGAAUGUUCAGUGUCUUUGGGGAGGGGGGGAAAUCUCGAGCACUGAGUAAGGACUAUAGUUUGCUGACUUUCUGAUGGGCCAUGCCCACUUUCAGCAGAAACAUAAGCUUCAGCAAGUCAGUGAUCCUGUCCUUAUGUGCCAUGAAGUUUUAGCUUUUAGGUUUUUCAUCGUAUCUGGGCAUGAGCAUUUUUUUUAGAUCUUUUGGGGUGUUGUUUUUAUUUUCUCCAAAGUAUUUAAUUUCUCCUUUGAAUAUAUACCACUUUGUUCUGCACCUUCAGAGAAAGCUCACUGCAGUUUCUAAAGCCUCUGCAAAGCCCUUGUACCAUUUACAAAUUUAAAGGGGCUUUGCUUUUAAAAAUCUGUACUGGAGAUGUUUACCUGCAGCUAUUAAAAAUGCAAAAGGACUAAUUUGGGACCACCUUUUUUUUCAAAACAAAACACCAGUGUUUUGUUUUUCAAAACUUACGGAUUAUGUAUGCUUUUUUAAAAAAAAAAAAAAAAAAGUUUAGCAUAGAUAGACUGGAUGAUGACAAAUGUAGAGUUUCAAGUUGUGCUACUACUGUUUUAUAAACACCACAUUGUUUGGAAAAAGUGUAAUACCUUUUAUUUUUGUAUAUAUUGGCUGUGCGUGCACUUCUUGGACACAUAAAGUCUCUCAGACCUGGUAGACUGAUUUUUAUCCUCUAUAAAUAACAAUUAGCCCUGAGUCACCUCCUGUAAGGGCCAACAAAAGCACAGUGUCUCAUCUCUACUGCGACAGUUCAGGGUGGGUUGUCUUGUGCUGGCACUUGGCACAGGAAUGAGCCUCUCCCUGAAGUUCAAGCACAAAUAUAAAGCUUUAUAACAUUUAAAUGCAAGGAACUUGUGCAAUUAAUUCAAGCUGCUUUGGGGAGUGGAAAUACUAUUUUCUAGUAAUUUGCUGCAGUUAUGCUUUUGCCAUAAAUGUAACAUGGCACGAGGUAACCAGUGUCCUGUGACCCCUGAUGUUCUCAUCCCUUCUCAACCUGUAAUUUCUCUAAUAACAGCAGUAUUUAAUCUUGUUUUUACUUAUUGCAGAAUUAAUCUAUAGAACAGUUGUUUAGAUGUACCUAAAUUUCUCAAGAAAGCCCUUAUAUAUCAGCACAGAACAGGUUUGAGGACUUGAGUUAAAUAUAGGUGGCCAUAUUUUUGUGAAGAUUUUUAUAUUUAGUUGAGACUUAUUUUAUGAGAUUGUAGGCUUGAGUGUUUCUAAAAGGUAAAUAUUUUUAUACUCUUGAACCUUGUAGUAUCUUACCUGUUGUUUUCCUUUUUUAAGUAAGAAAGAUGACUGUGUUUUUUAAAAAACCUUGUUUUAAUCAGUCUCAUUUUUCUCACACCACUGCACUCAAGCUAGUGUCACAUUUUAGUAUUUCUAGCAGCAGAUUUAACCACCUUUCACAAGAGCAGAAUGUCCUGCUGAGGAGUGCUGUUGGAAGGCCUUACGGUGGGUGUCUGAAGUGCAGUGGAAAUGAGGGAAGGCCCAGCUGGAUCACUCCCUGCCUGCCAUCGCACUGUGCCUCCUGUGCCACCGCUGUCACCUUCACUCGGGGGUGUGUGUGCAACCUUCGCUCCUCCGCUGGCUCACCGGGGCUGCUCACGCCUGUGUGACGCUGUGUAAUCAUCACUCAUUAACUCCUGUGCUCAUUGUAAUAAAAACGUGCACUGACAUUGUCUCACCUGC